AUGGCCCUGGAGGAGAAGCGGGAGAAGCGACCGCCCGUCACCCCCAUGAUGAUCGAAGAGGAGGCAGCCCUGCGCAACGGCAGCCGUGGACUGCCGCCGGGGCCCUGGGCCGAGGCGGCGGGGCCGCGACCCCGCACGACGGAGCGGCACAUCGCCGUGCACAAGCGCCUGGUGCUGGGCUUCGCCGUCUCCAUCCUGGCGCUGCUGGCCGUGACCAUGGUGGCCGUGCUGCUCAGCGUCCGCUUCGAGGAGUGCGGCGCCGCCGCCGACGGACCCCCGCGGGCCGCCAACAACGGGAGCCUGCCGGGACUCGCGGCUGGGCAGCCCCGCGGCCGGGCCGAGCCGCGGGAGGAGACGCGGGGCGGGGAGGAGGCGGCGGAGCAGCAGCAACAGCAGGAGGAGGAGGAGGAGGAGGAGUGGCAGCGGCGGCGGCAGCUGCCGCCCUGGGCCCGGCCACGGCUGCCGCGGCACCUGCGACCGUUGCACUACAACCUGAUGCUGAGCGCCUUCAUGGAGAACUUCACCUUCUGCGGGGAGGUGAACGUGCAGCUGGAGGUGCGCAACGCCAGCCGCUACAUCGUGCUGCACGCCCACCGCAUGCACAUCGAGGCGGUGCGCGUGGCCGAGGACAAGCUGGCGGGCGCCGUGCGGGUGGCACGGUCCUUCCUCUACCCCCAGACCCAGGUCCUGGUCGUCGUCCUCAACCGCAGCUUGGAGGUGCAGCGGAGUUACAACCUCAAGAUCAUCUACAACGCGCUCAUCGAGAACGAGCUGCUCGGCUUCUUCCGCAGCUCCUACGUCCUGCACGGCGAGCGCAGGUUUCUUGGUGUUACGCAGUUCUCUCCUACUCAUGCCAGAAAAGCCUUUCCUUGCUUUGAUGAGCCCAUCUACAAGGCCACUUUCAAAAUCAGCAUCAAGCAUCAGGCAACUUAUAUAUCUUUGUCCAACAUGCCAGUUGAAACAUCUGUUUUUGAAGAAGAUGGGUGGGUUACAGAUCACUUUUCACAAACCCCUCUGAUGUCCACAUAUUACCUGGCUUGGGCAGUGUGCAAUUUUACAUACCGGGAAACCAUCACCAAGAGUGGAGUCGUUGUACGAUUGUACGCAAGGCCUGAUGCAAUCCGAAGAGGAUCAGGAGACUAUGCCCUAAAUAUUACAAGAAGACUCAUUGAAUUUUAUGAAGAUUAUUUUAAAGUGCCCUAUUCCCUGCCGAAAUUAGAUCUGUUAGCUGUGCCUAAACAUCCCUAUGCUGCUAUGGAGAACUGGGGACUGAGUGUUUUUGUGGAGCAAAGGAUACUACUGGAUCCAAGCAUUUCUUCUAUAUCAUACCUGCUGGAUGUCACCAUGGUCAUUGUACAUGAGCUAUGUCAUCAGUGGUUUGGUGACCUCGUGACUCCAGUUUGGUGGGAGGAUGUGUGGUUGAAAGAGGGUUUUGCUCACUAUUUUGAAUUUAUUGGGACAGACUACCUCUACCCAGGAUGGAACAUGGAAAAGCAGAGAUUUCUGACAGAUGUUCUACAUGAAGUGAUGUUGCUAGACGGUUUGACCAGUUCACAUCCAGUAUCCCAGGAGGUGCAGCAAGCCACAGACAUUGACAGGGUGUUUGACUGGAUUGCAUAUAAAAAGGGUGCAGCUUUAAUUCGAAUGCUGGCUAAUUUUAUGGGUCACUCUGUGUUUCAAAUGGGCUUGCAAGACUAUUUAACCAUUCACAAGUAUGGCAAUGCAGCCAGAAAUGAUCUCUGGAACACACUGUCAAAGGCUUUAAAAAGGGUUGGAAAAUCUGUAAAUAUCCAGGAAGUAAUGGAUCAAUGGACGCUACAGAUGGGUUAUCCUGUUAUCACCAUCUUGGGAAAUGAAACUACGGACAAUGUCAUAGUAAUCUCCCAAGAGCGUUUUGUUUAUGAUAGUGAUACUAAAACCAAGGAUUCUGGCCUUGGAGACAACAGCUACUUGUGGCAGAUUCCAUUAACAAUUGCAGUAGGAAAUACGAGCCACAUCUCAUCAGAGGCAAUUAUAUGGGUGUCUAACAAAUCAGAACACCACAGAAUUCCUGCUUUGGAAGAGGCAAGUUGGUUGCUGGGGAACAUCAACCAGACUGGCUACUUCAGAGUUAAUUAUGAUAUUAGGAAUUGGAGGCUGCUGAUUAAUCAGCUGACAAGGAACCAUGAGGUUAUCUCUGUCAGCGAUCGAGCAGGCUUGAUCGAUGAUGCAUUCAAUCUAGCCAGAGCUGGUUAUUUGCCUCAGAAUAUUCCUUUGGAGAUUAUCAGAUACCUUUCAGAGGAGAAGGAUUUUCUACCUUGGCAUGCAGCCAGCCAAGCUCUUUAUCCUCUAGAUAAAUUACUGGACCGCACAGAAAACUACAACAUCUUCAGUGAGUAUAUUUUAAGACAAGUCGCAUCAAUGUAUCUCAAGCUUGGAUGGCCAACGAAUAAUUUAAACAAAUCGCUUGUUCAAGCAUCCUACCAACAUGAAGAGUUGCGCCGGGAAGUCAUCAUGUUGGCCUGCAGCUUUGGUAACAAACACUGUCACCAGCAGGCUGCAACAUUAAUUUCAGAUUGGAUUUCUAGCAAUAGAAACCGAAUCCCACUUAAUGUGAGAGACAUUGUCUACUGUACAGGAGUUUCACUGAUGGAUGAAGAUGUAUGGGAGUUCAUUUGGAUGAAAUUUCAUUCUACACUAGCAGUUUCUGAGAAGAAAAUAUUAUUAGAAGCCUUAACUUGCAGUGAUGACAGAAACUUGCUUAACAGACUUUUGAAUUUGUCUCUCAACUCAGAAGUUGUCCUGGAUCAGGAUGCAAUUGAUGUGAUAAUCCAUGUUGCUCGAAAUCCACAUGGAAGAGACCUUGCUUGGAAGUUUUUCCGAGAAAAAUGGAAAAUAUUAAAUGCCAGGUAUGGAGAAGCAUUAUUUAUGAAUUCAAAGCUUAUCAGUGGAGUCACAGAAUUCCUUAAUACCGAAGAAGAACUAAGAGAGCUAAAGAACUUUAUAAAGAGUUAUGAGGAGGGAGCUGCUGCCUCUUUCUCUCGUGCUGUGGAAACAGUGGAAGCCAAUGUGCGGUGGCAAAGACUUUAUAAGGAAGAACUAUUCCAGUGGUUAAGAAAAUCCUUGACACACUAAUCUGUCUUUCCAGCUGAACUUUUAACCAGAAGCACUACAAAAGGAAAAGAAGUUUAAGAAGUGAUCAGCAUUAAAAUCAUGAAGACAAAAUCAAAUUGCAGGGAGUUUUCUUUUUCUUUUUUUUUUUUUUAAUUAUGGGUUGUUUUGUUUGUUUGUUUAUUUUUUACACCGGGCUGUUUUGAAACUGUCAAUAAGCUUUUCAGAAGAAAAGGUCAUGAGUGCUUGUGAAAUCUGAUCCUCAGUGUACACAACCAAACAUGAUAUUAAGUGGUGCAUGUAAAUGUUGAAGAAAAACUAGCAAACAAAAAACCCUUCAAAGACUAUUUUGUGCAUGCUUUUACCGUCUCUGCCUGUAUUCUAGCAUGCUUAUGUAUAACAGCCACAUUUUAUAUGUGAAUUCCAGUUACGUCAAAGAUGGGCAUUGUACAAAGCACAAAGACUUCUCUACGACAAUCAGUGUUGCGAUGAACAAAAAGAAGGGAAGGAAGAGGAAAUGCAGAAGGAUUCCAUCUUAGGGCAGUAUGAGAUAUAGAUUCAGCUUUCCCACUAGCUGCCAAUUACUCCACCAUUUAGACUGUCUUUUGAUUGUCACAAAGGUGCCAGCUCAUUUUUUGAGUUGCUAGUUGUUGUAGCUGCAGUUUCCAUAUUCCUGUAUUUAAAUUAUCAUCUUGGAGGGGAAGAGAGAGAGAAAAUGAGAGAGAAGGACGUCAUUCAUUCAUUCAUGCGCUAUAAUUAUAAAUUUAUUCACUGCUGAUCAGUGAAACCGUGUAACUUUAGCUGUGAACAUAGUCAGUUUCUAUGAGGAGAACUUUGCAUUGAUUUUAUAGAAUCCAUGAAUCACUUCUUCUGAGCAAAUUUACAAGGCAGAGAUAUUCAUGAUGGGUCACCUAACCUGUGCAGUAAUAACUUACACAGCUGAUAAUGCACAAAUAUUAUAAGUCGACAUAGGAUUUAAAUGGAAAUUAGGAAAAGAGGAGAAUAUCUUCCAUUCAAAGACACAAAAUUAACCAACAGCUGUUUCCAUGCAGUAGACCAGCCUCGGUAGUGAUUUACUAACAGACAAAUCCUGUGCUCUAUGUGGGUAGUGUCUUUGCAAAUAUGGAUUGUGCCAUUUAUGUCAACUUAGAAAACUGAAAUAUGGAGAAAGAAAUGUGUUUGUGUGUAUUCGUAUAAGAUAGUACCACACAAACACAGUUUUUCUCUUUCCUUGUAUUUCACAUAGAAGUGUUCUAAAUGGGUGAUACUUUUCUUACUUGCUUGUUUCUUUUUUCUCAGUUUUUAAUUUGAGUGGUCAGUGAUGAAUUGGAAAUUAGUUGCACAGUGCCCGUCUGCACCAUUGGUGCUAUUUGAUGAGGACAAAACUGAUUCAUCUUAGGGUCUAAUGCUCUCCUCUCCGCCGUGGAGGAAGAUGAACAAGCAGAAAAUUAAUAAAACUACUGAGUCUACAGGAGGCAGGUUGCAGCAAUUUCAGAGGGUGGUUAUAGAUGUAUAAAAGUGUUUCUUUAUCACAGCCCAGUCCAUUACAACCAUCUGAUCACAUCAUUGCCUGUAUACUGGAAACAUGUGGUCAGACAAAUUAGAGGACGCACAUUUUAUUGUGCUGUUUCCUUCACAGGGCAUGGAAAUUAUCAAAAUGUUUUUACACUAUCAGUUUCUUAACUCUAGUGAGUUGUUUGUGAAUUGAAAUAUUAUUGCAAAAAAGAACCAAAAUCCAGCAUCUUCAUUUAUUAGAUUUAUUAAGUUGUGUGGAGACAGUAUUGAUUUCUGGGCUCACAUUCCCAUGCCACUCUCUCCCUCAAGAACUGGUAAAUAUCUCAUAACUAAGCUGUCCUACCACUAUCAUGGGCCUAUCACCCAUUUUGAGCCUCUUAUUUUGUGUCAUUACCAGGGUACUCUUUGCAGACUAAGUGUAUGAAACGCUUGGGUGGUCAUCUGCUCCAGGGUACGUUAGCUUGACCACAUACAAUGAAAGGAAGGGGUAAUCCUGUUCUCUUGUACUGUUAACUCUUUGCCUUAUAGUAAUCCCUAAACCUCUGUGCUGUGUUGCAGUACUAGUGAACCUAGUGCCCAGAGGCGUUAUUGUGUCCAUGUUGAAUUAAAUCCUCUUCCUCCUCCUAUUUUACCUACCUCACAGGCAUGUUGUGAGGCUUGACUAAUGUUAGCAAAGCUCUUGAAUAUCCUCUAAAGAAAGGCAUUUAAAAGUGCUGAGUAUUAUUUUAUGUGGUUGACCAAACUCAGCCUCAGUGCCACUAUGUAGCUGUCACACUUUUAAUUUCUACUGAAUGAAAUUGUAUGUGGAUUUAUUAUUAUAAAAAAGCAAGCCAAAUACUCUUUAUAUUUGUAAUGAAGCCCGAAGUUAUAAUCUCCAAAGAGUGCACAGAAAGCCAAGCACUCAAACGUGAGUUACUUUGGGGAUUUCAGAGAAAAGAAAGUUGAAUAAUGGUUUUCCCAUUUCAAAUUCUGUUCAAGAUUGUCUUUGAUGACUUUUGUUUUUCAUCACCACAGACUAAGCCACAUACCUCCAGACUGCACAUAGAAGUUUUAGGCCUUUCCACUGAUAAAGGGCAAACUAACAAUGCGUUUCAAAGUUGAAAAUUUAAUUCAGCCUGUGUAUUCUGCACAGUGCGCAGAAAUUUCCAUUGUUCAUUAGAAUUUAAGUUCUUGCACAUUUAUCUAGUUUUGGAUGCAAAUUAAUAUUGUAGUGGCCUUGAGCAACUGGUCUAUCACAAAUUUUAAGCCCUACAUGUAUGUAUUACACAUACCUAUUGAUGUAUUGCUUAUAAUUGUUGUAUUAUAAUGAUGUUUGUAUUACAACUCUAAUUAAGGUUGACUUAGUCUUUCCAUUGUAAUUCUCUAUUCUUUUUAUAUUUU